CAGGCGCACUUUCCCGGGCGCCCGCGGCUGUCACGGCCCCGCCCCGCCCACAGGUGUCCCAGGCCAGACGUGAGCAUGGCGGAACAGGAGCCCACAGCCGAGCAGCUGGCCCAGAUCGCGGCCGAGAACGAGGAGGACGAGCACUCCGUCAACUACAAGCCGCCGGCUCAGAAGAGCAUCCAGGAGAUCCAGGAGCUGGACAAAGACGACGAGAGCCUGCGCAAGUACAAGGAGGCUCUGCUGGGCCGCGUGGCCGUCUCCGCCGACCCCAAUGUCCCCAACGUGAUCGUGACCCGUCUGACUCUGGUGUGCAGCACCGCCCCUGGCCCACUGGAGUUGGACCUGACAGGUGACCUGGAGAGCUUCAAGAAGCAGUCUUUCGUGCUGAAAGAGGGCGUGGAAUACCAGAUAAAAAUCUCCUUCCGGGUGAACAGAGAGAUUGUGUCAGGCAUGAAGUACAUCCAGCACACAUACCGGAAAGGCGUCAAGAUUGACAAGACUGACUACAUGGUGGGGAGCUACGGGCCCCGGGCCGAGGAGUACGAGUUCCUGACACCCAUGGAAGAGGCUCCCAAGGGCAUGCUGGCCCGGGGCAGCUACAACAUCAAGUCCCGCUUCACCGACGACGACAAGACCGACCACCUGUCCUGGGAGUGGAAUCUGACCAUCAAAAAGGAGUGGAAGGACUGAGCCUCCGCCAGGAGGUGGGCAGGGCACGGACAGACAGAAGGACCGACAUGCCCCACCCCAUGCCCUUCCCCACCCCGAACCAAAGUGCUGACAGGGCCCUUUCCCUCCGCCACUCCUGACCGGUCACCUCCAGGCCUCCUCUGCCCGCCGCUCCUCCACACGGUCCCGUGCAGGCCCCGUGGUCUCCCGUGUCACAUUGCUGCUUCUGCCUGUGUGUGGGUGGGAUUCCGGCCUAGGUUUCUGCUCCCCUGUGUGUCCCCAGUUCCCGCCACCACUCUCCUCCAGGCACCGGCUGGGCCUGGUCGGGUCCCAGCUCUUAGAAGGUGCCCAGCCGGUCAGCUCUGCCCUGGUGAACGUGCGUGUGCAGGGCCCAGUCUAGGCUGUCGGGUCCCCGCGCCCUGGCCAUUUCAUCUGUCACUGUCGGUCACCGUCUAACCAUGAUGCCUUAACAUGUGGAACGUGUCCUGGGGGCCGCGCUAACUCUUAACCCCCAUCUGCAUGAGCAUGUGGUCUCCCUUCCUCCCUGUCGGCCACCCUGACCCAGCGACCCGGGGAGGCCUGGGGUGUGCUGCUGUUGCUCCCCGGAGGCUGGACAGCCCCUCUGGUGGCCGGGGCUGGCGGCCCAGCAGCUGGGAGAAGGUCAGAUUGCCAAAACUCGCGCCGCCAGCCCCGUCCGGAGGUGGCUGUCCUGCCUCUGCCUCCCCCGCGUGGGCAGCACAGAGCUCCGGAGGGACAGACUGGCCAGCCUUACCCGUCUCCCCCGGGCCUCGGGGCCCGGGCCUCCGUGCCUGGCCUGUCAGUAUUUAUUGCCUCUGCUGUGCCGUCCUCCGGGCUGUGGGCCUGCUGCCUCUCCCCGGCUUCCAGUGCCACCACGCCCAGCAGCCCUCCCUGGCCCCCCAGGGCCAACGUGGGACCAAGUGCACACACAGUCGGAGCCGUCUCCUGUGCCUCCCCUUCCUCCCCACUCCCCUUGUGGUGUCUGCCAGGUCCAGGCCUUGACAGGCAGACACACCUGUCCCUGCUUCUCUUCUGACUGGGAAAUAAACGACCUGAAGGAGC